UUCAUUGUUAUUGAGCUUAUUUUCUAAUAAAUCCGCAGCACCCCUUAGGCAUACCUCAGCUAGAAAUAUUACUUAAAAAAAAAAAUCUAAACAGCACUUAAAUUUCCAAUAGCUGUAGUGUCUCAAGAAUAACAAAUAACAUGUGGCGUUUAGCUUUCAAGCUAAUUUGUCAAUGAAUUACGUGUGUUGAAUUUUAAUCUGGAUGCUUAACGAAACAGCAGCAGCUCCUAAUCGUACAAAUCCAGUUGUUUAAAUGGGCAGUGUGUUGGCUGCCAGUGCACCCAGCCCACCUGCACCAGGGCCAGGUGGACCAGGUUUGGUGUCAGUACCACCAGGAUUCACGAUGCCCUCCGUCUCACCCGUCUCUGUGCCUGGCAGCUCUUCACCUGAGCGCCAGGAGUCUGAGCCUCCUCUUCCAAACCCUGGUGGCUUUGAAGAAUGCCAUCGCAAGUGCAAAGAGGUGUUUCCUGUGCAGAUGGAGGGUGUUAGACUAACAGUGAGCAAAGCUUUGAGCAACCACUUCCAGGUCAGCCACACAGUGUUGCUAAGCACUCAAGGAGAUUCCAGUUACAGGUUUGGAGCUACUUAUGUGGGGACCAAACAAGCAGGACCAGCAGAGGCCUUUCCCGUCAUGGUGGGUGACAUGGACAACACAGGGAGCUUAAAUGCACAGAUUAUUCAUCAGAUCACAGACAGAGUGCGCUCGAAAUUUGCCUUCCAGACUCAGCAGCAGAAGUUUGUGAACUGGCAAGGAGAUGCUGAAUUCAAAGGGGAAGAUUUCACUGCCACUGUGACCUUUGGCAACCCAGACGUCUUGGUUGGUUCUGGAAUUGUUGUAGCUCAUUAUCUCCAGUCUGUCACUCCGUCGCUGGCAUUAGGGGGGGAGCUGGUGUAUCACCGACGGCCCGGAGAGGAGGGAACAGUCAUGUCUCUGGCGGGCCGAUAUACAGGCAGCAACUUUAUCGCCACACUGACGCUAGGAGGAGCUGGAACUCAUGGGUCAUAUUACCACAAAGCCAAUGAUCAGUUGCAGGUUGGUGUGGAGUUUGAAGCGAGCACCCGUACGCAGGACACUAGUGUAUCAUUUGGAUACCAGCUGGACGUCCCCAAAGCUGAUCUGGUCUUUAAAGGUUCUUUAGACAGUAACUGGGUGGUUGGAGCUAUGCUUGAAAAAAAGCUGCAGCCUCUGCCUCUGUCACUGGCCCUCUGUGCUUUCCUUAACCAAAGAAAAAACAAGUUCCAGUGUGGGUUUGGCAUCACCAUUGGUUAAACUUACCUUCUUUCUUGGUUAAUGCUGCAGUUUACACACCAGUGCCAUUGCUGGUGAAAAGGUAAAGUUUGGACACACUUGCAUAUUUAUCCACGCCUGUGUAAAAUCAGUCCGUAAAUAUGAAGCAAAACAAAGUAAUAUUUGUUCUAAGUUCCAUGUAUCAGACCACCCUUUUUGUUAUUCUUGUAAUGUAAGCAAAAAGCAAUGAUAAUUCCAAUAUCUAAAAAAGUAAAUUUAAAGAACAUCACGACUGCCUGAUGCAUUAUAAGAGAAACCAAGAAGAAAUACACAUACACAAAUUCACCUUUCAUUUUGUUGUUUAUUCACAUUCAUUUUUUUUUUUU